CUCCGUGUCUCGCUCGCUCCGUUCCGAUCGCCCGGUGCGGCGGGGCAGGGUCUGGGGUUAGUCAUGGCGUCCCCGUCUCGGAGACUGCAGACUAAACCAGUCAUUACUUGUUUCAAGAGCGUCCUCUUGAUCUACACUUUCAUCUUCUGGAUCACUGGUGUUAUCCUUCUUGCCGUUGGCAUUUGGGGCAAGGUGAGCCUGGAGAAUUAUUUUUCCCUUUUAAAUGAGAAGGCCACCAAUGUCCCCUUCGUGCUCAUUGGCACUGGCACUGUCAUUAUUCUUUUGGGCACCUUCGGCUGUUUUGCUACCUGCCGAGCUUCUGCAUGGAUGCUAAAACUGUAUGCAAUGUUUCUGACUCUCAUUUUUUUGGUUGAACUGGUCGCUGCCAUCGUAGGAUUUGUUUUCAGACAUGAGAUAAAAAACAGCUUUAAGAAUAAUUAUGAGAAGGCUUUAAAACAAUAUAACGCUACGGGAGAUUAUAGAAGCGAUGCAGUAGACAAGAUUCAAAAUACGUUGCAUUGUUGUGGUGUCACCGACUAUAGAGAUUGGAAGGAUACUAAUUAUUACUCAGAAAAAGGAUUUCCCAAGAGCUGCUGUAAACUUGAAGGUUGUUCUCCUCAGAGAGAUGCAGAUAAAGUAAACAAUGAAGGUUGUUUUAUAAAGGUGAUGACCAUUAUAGAGUCAGAAAUGGGAGUCGUUGCAGGAAUUUCUUUUGGAGUUGCUUGCUUCCAGCUGAUUGGAAUCUUUCUAGCCUACUGCCUCUCUCGUGCCAUAACCAAUAACCAGUAUGAGAUAGUGUAACCAGCACGUCACGGGCUUACUCCUCUCCAACGUUAAGGACAUUUACAUUCCCCUCUAUGAACUACAAGAUUGCCUGGAUGGAAGACUGCCUAACAUUACUUACGGAUAGACCGAAAAACUACACCAAUAGUCUGACUCGAUCAAGACAUUUGUUCAAUAUGUUCUAAGUCCACCUUCUGUCCCAUUCAUGUUAGAUCAUUGAAACCCCUGUAUCACUCUCAAACACUGGAAGAGCUAGUAAAUUGUAAAAGAAGCAAUACUGUGUUCCUCUUUUAUUUCUCUCAGUGUGGGGCUUUCAAAAGGCACUGUGAAUUUGCUACUUUGAUGUAGCGUUAUAAAAUGGAAAAUUGACCCCUCUGAAUUUGCUAUUGAUGUGGUGUGGUAGAAAAUUGACCCCAACUUGCAUCGAGAAGUUAAAAUGUUUUCAUUAGUCUCUGUUCUGCUGAUAGGCAGAGGGUCACCUUGUGUCAUUUAAUUCCAGCCAGUAGUCGGAUGGCACCCAUCAUCAGAGUUGCCAGAUGGUGGUAGCCGUCUCUGACCCAAGGCACUACCAGGGUUCUGUGACACAUCGGGCUGCAGCACGCUUACACUUGACAUUUCUCUGCCUCCAAAUUAAGGUGUUUAUACUGAUGUUUCUAUUUCCCCUAUUGUUUGAAAGGUUCUAAUUGUUACUUAAUGGUGUCGGAAUUAUUGUAUUUUUCUUAGGAAUUUAAAGCAACUUAUCUUCAUUAGCUUUAGCUGUUGUUUCCUUACCAGGUUGAUAUGACUUACUUGUCAAUAUUAUGGUCAACUUUAGUAGUCUUAGUUUUGGUUUGUGUCUUUGAUUAAUAAAUAUAAAUCUUUCAUGUAAUAAA